AGCUGCUACACGUUAGGUGCCUUGAGAAUAGCUUUUGGAAGCCUUUUUCUCAAGUCAUCCUUUUACCGCCCAUCUGGGCUCUGAAAGGAUCUAUUUGCCAGUGAGCUGCAUGGGCCCAAGUCUGGGGGGAAAUCCAGCAACCAGCAGAGAAAAAGAGUCUGAGUACAGCCGUAUGUCCUCUACCAGCAGUGAACUUUCUGUGGAAGGCAUACAAGACCCGUUCCUUGUUAGUGUACAUAUUAUCACAGAUCCGGGUGAAUCCAAGACUCUUCAGCAAGCCAUUGAUAAGCUUCUAGCCUGGAUCCAUCCAGACCUCCAGCUGUUUCGAGUCUCAGAAAGGCGAGUGCCCAAGGAGCGCAGGAAGCCAAGUAAGGCUGGUGUUUCUCAGCCAGCCCUUGCCAUCAUUCUGUUUCUGCAGGAAGAAUAUGGAGAAGAACCCAUCUUGCAGCUCCACGAAACCUUUCAGCGGCCACCUUGGCAUUACCACCACACGGAGCGAGUGCAUGGGAAGUUCCUCCCUUACAUGCCAUGCAGCCAGGACUUUUACACCUUGGCUCCAGAGACUCCUCUCUGGGCCAUUCGCCCAGUGCACUACGGGAAAGAAAUUAUCCGCUUCACUAUAUACUGCAGGAGUGAAAACUUUGUUGACAUUCUGAAACUGUACGAAUUAAUACUGAAAAGACCAGUAUGUCAGAAAAAAGUGGACUUCUGUGUUUUUCCUGUCUAUUCUAACAUGGAAAUAGACAUUCAGUUUUCUUUAAAAAAACUUCCGAAGGGCCAGGUGCCAAUGCCAACAGAGUCAGCGGUGCUGGAGUUCAGAGUGAAAGAUGUGGGGCAGCUUGUGCCUCUCUUGCCCAACCCUUGCAGCCCCAUCAGUGAAGGCAGGUGGCAGACGGAAGACCACGAUGGAAAUAGGAUACUUUUGCAGCAAGCACGCAGUUGGUGUAGGAAGUCUGCAAAGCAGAACAAGCAACCAUAUCCAUCUGUGUCAACAUAUUCCCGCUCCACCACUCUGCCAGCCUUUCUUCCUCAGAGCCACCGAUCUGUUCCUGAGCAACCAAAAGAAAUGGAUCAAAACAAGGUACAUCAGGCAAAUGGCCUUGGUCAUUAUCUUGGUUUCUCCCAGCAGGACUUGAGACACAAUGAUCGAGGAGACUUCACACGCAGAUCCAGCAGCGCCUCCAGCAUUUCACGGUCGUUUCAACGAAGCAAGUCUCUGUUCUGCUUGCCCACAGUGAACUGCUCUUCAGCCUCAGAGACUUCUCAUUUCAGUGAACCAUCUCAGUUUUUUAAUACUGGGUCACCUGCAACCAGGUUAAAAACAUGGAGAUGCAGCCCCAGGCUUAACAUUGAUGACUUGGAGGGUGCCCAGGAGACUGAUGUAGACACGGGGAUGAAGCUGUCCUUCUCAGACUUGUCUGUGGUCUCUGCGUAUUCUGCCCUUAAUGGAUUUUGCAGUGACUUGGAAGCUUCUCUUCCCCCCCAGAAACAAACUGUUGGUAAGGCUAAACAGGCAGCCACCGGCGCGAGGCCUGUACCAGCCAUGUGCAAUACCUUUGAGUCAGUUGAUGGUUCACUGCCUUCUCUUUCCGAAUGGUCUUCCAGCUCAUUCACAUCAGCAUCUCUCUCCAAGCAGCACAAACAGUCCUCGAGAGCAGCUCCUUGUUCUCUGGAUGAUCAUGGUAGUGUUUGCCCAGCUUUACCAGUUAAUGAAGAAGAGUUUUACAUCUGAGGUUUCUCUGUCUUACACCUUCCAGGGCAAACAUGUUCUCCUUGUGAAUGACAGCAGUGGGCCCACUUUGAGUGUGCAGAAGGUUCCUUGCUGGGGAGAAGGUGAUGCAGCAGAGCAUGCUAAAUAUUUGAAGAGAACAGUCAGAUCCCUCAGAAAUGGGUGCCCCCAAAUUAUGUACAGUAAAGCGGUCUAGGUUUGCACCCGUUACCUUUGCACUGGAGAAGGUGACCAGCACAGAGACAUUUCCACUGCAGCGCAAGGUGGAUGGUUUCUAUGACUGACCCUUGGACUGGUGGUGAAGGAAAUUCUGGAAGAGGCACAUAAUAACCUGUUUUUCUUUGGCAGACAAUGAAGAGUAAUUUGUGACACUAAACUGCUUUAACUUUUCUGAGAAACACCCUUAACUCAGGAAAGAUGGGAAGAGCAAGGGGUCUUCUUUCCCUUUCACAAGUUCCAAAGGCAGCUCUAAGCACAGCAGGUCCGGGUAGCAUGGUUACAGUGAAGUCAACCAAGAAUUUUCCUGUGAGGACACACAUGGUUCCUUGUAACCUCUGAGAGCUGGCAGUGGUGAGGUGGGGGAAAAGCUUCACUCCUUCCCCAGGGAAGAGGAGGCUCCACUGUAUCUCUUACUCUGAUAGUCCAGGAUUCAGAAAGUGCCAAAAGGGAAACCUUACAGAACAUUUUCAACCCGUUCCCUCAAAAAGCCCAUCCUUUCCCAUUGGAAAGAAGCCAUCCAGGCUGCUGUCCAAACCACUUGUGUAGACAGUGGUAACCCAAGUAAACCAUGUUUGCGACUUCUAACUCAGGCAAUACAGGGCUUACCUUUUUGGAAUACAAAACAAGGAAGAUUACCCAGCAUUUUUAUAUAUUGCUACACCACUAGUUCCAAAUGCAUGGCAGCUCCCUAUUUUUUAAGGGGUCAUUAUUUUUCUGUUAAAAAUAAAUAAUGCAGAAACUUACUCUUCAUAUUUCCAGUGCAAGCAUACUUCUCUCUGGGGAAAACACAUUUCUUCUCAAAUACCUCUCUCCAAAGGGAGAACAAGUCAAAUUUUACCGGCUUUUCAAGCAAUGUUUUUAAAAAAUGCAUACUUGAUACCCUGUUUUGCUCCAACUAAUUUGUUACUUUUUUAAAAAAAAAAGGUAAGAAGCUGAUAGUACGACAGCCAAGUACCUUCACCAGAUUUAAGUCAUGUGAACAGGUUGCAUCAUGCAUGUUCUGAAAAGUUACAUUUUUGGCAGAGAAGUAGUACUGAUUGCAGCUCUGAUCUAGCCAGUGAGAAAAUGACCAUGUUAAAAUGUGUAUGUAUAAUGCUCAAUGUAAUCUAUACACAGGUACAGAUGCUGAAGACCUACCAUGAUGGCAUUGUGGUGGAUGGAAUAAAAAUACAUUUGUGGAGAAAAAUGUUUGCUAUAUUAUCAGGUAGUUUUAAUCAGAAGAAU